AUGGCGGCAGAAGUUGACGAUGAUCCGCCGAUCUCGCAGAACUCUGAGUUAUCUUCUUUUCGCUCCUUCAAACAAGCUGGUUUGGACAGACGAAGGCCUUCGUAAGUUUAUGUUUUUCUCCCCUAUACUGUCAGAGCCUGUUACAGUCUCGCGAGACACGCGAGAAACUUCAAAUCCAUGAAAUGAACAAGAUGAUGGCGGCCGGGGCAUGAUAGAGCUUGCUGUCAUGUCGCUUUCAAUCGAUCAGCGCGUCAGUGUUUCCUUUUAGACUCUAGAAAAUUCAAAACUUACUCAAGGCUCGAUAUCACUUCUUUUAGUCUGGGCCGGUUUUGGUUAUAGAGCUGGGAGCCCUUGAUGAAUUUCAUGGGCAGUGUAAAAAGCGAUUAUGUCUUAAACUCGACCUUCUCAUUACAAUCUGAAAUUUUACCCAAUAAAUUGAUGCUAUGUUGAUAAACUCGAUCUGCCUGUGCAAGAUUGAGGCUUCUUACCUGCAGCAAGAUUUACACAGAACUCAAUAAAUGGUAACCAUUCACAUAAUUUACUUGAAAUUGCUCAAAAUGAGGCAUCAAAAAGACCUGGAUUUGACCAUAUCAGAUCAACCCCUGUAACUCACUAAAUGACAAAAGGUAAGGGAUAGGGUUACUAGAAAUGAUCCGAUCCAGUCCAAUCUACGUUUUGCCAACGGUGUCAGCCAAUGGUAAGCUAGUACAUGCUAGCUACAGCUGGCCCAAAUGGCAAGCUGUAAAACUGACUUCCUUUAAAUUUGCACCCUGGGCCUCUAAAAUGGAAGGCACAAAAGUAAAGGGUAAGUCAAGGGGUGGUCUGGGAAAAUGAUCAGUGUUCUCCUUAAAUUUUAGCUCUGCAGGUAAUUGGCCAUUCAUGGCCGGUGAGGCCAAAAAAAUAUGUGUCAGAGGCGCACUUUCCUUGGGAGAAGAAGGGGUAGUGGAGUGAGGGACAUGGCCCCACCCUUGCUGACAAAUUUAGGAGCUAAGUUCUCUACAACAUCAUUCCCUCAUUUCAAGACAUAUUUUACGCAAAUCAGCCUAUAUCUUUAGACAACAAUUUAGAACAUUUGAUUCUGGUAACGAUUACAUGUAGAGUGAGUACUUUUCCAUCAUUUCCUUGUGAGAGUCGGAUCGGAUCACAACUUGAGUAUUUUUUUAAACUACUUAUUUAAUUUUAGUAAACCUUCAAGUGGUUGCAGGCGGUAAGAAGUGUUGCUUCAAGCAGUAAAUUUUAACAGUUACUGCCUGAUAAGGAGAACACUAAAUGAUAUCAAGAAAACACUUCAUUCACUCUCAAGGAAUGGGUUUUGAAGUUGAUUUUUUAAAUUUUUUUUUUCUGUGAACCUCAAAAUAAUACUAGGUUUUGGCAAGUGUUAGAUUUUACCAUGUAAGGGGUGGCUGCAUUGUGUUUUGGUGGACCAUAAAUUUCCGAAGUGUUUAAACAUUUUUUUUGCCUUCUAGAAAACGCCAGACAACUGUGAGAAGUUUUAAGAUCAAAACAAGCUGGAGCAGUGAUGCAUCAUCCACUGCCAACACUAUUGUCUCCAGUCAAGUAAGGACAAAUUGCCAUCCUUUUAUCCAUUCAUUUCUUAAUCUUUUCAUUUUGUAUGGUUUGAUGCAGAAGUAUUUGCUUUCACAGCUUCCCUGUAAAAAGAUGAUCUUUGUAUGUACAACAGAGGCAAAAGCUUGUAGCAUUACCAGUCUUUUGUCUUCAUCACCAUUACAGCCUUUUUCAGGGUUGUACGAGUGUUUGUAUUCCUUUAGUUCUGGUAUCUCAGCCUGCUUGCAAGAUUUUCAGCAGUCCAUGUGUGUUUUUUCUAUUCACUAUUUUGUAUGAGUAGCAUUUUUGCACAAGCAAGUGUUUUAUAUUUUUUUACAGUCCUAUUGCUCCCUUCCCCCCAUCUCUCCUUUUGCAAGAAGUGCACAUUCUUUGAUUCUUAGAAUUUUCCACUGAUUAAUUUGGUUUCAAAGUGAUGGGCCAUGGUGAAAUUCUAAGUAUGUGGCCCGGCUCUUAGCUACAUUGCCUGUUGUGGAACCACUUUAUAGUUGGUGUAUCUCCCAAGGAUUGGCUUUAUGGUGCGCAGGCACUGGGUCUGAUUCUGACCUACAUUUUGCAAUGUUGGUGUAAAUACGUGCAAAUUUUAAAUUACAGAUCAGGCACCUGUUGUUCAAAGGUUUGAUAGUGCUAUCCACUGCAUAAAUCACCAUCUGCUGGAUAAGUGUUAGGGAAACCAAUUGCAUUAUCCACUAGACAGAUAUUUAUCCAGUGGAUAGCGUUAUCCAGUCUUUGAACAACAGUACUGGACCCUGGUUUAUGCAUAGUCAGUCUGUCUAUUCAGUAGUAAUGUUAGUAAAUCUCUGCUAGAAUUCUAUGGAAUCUCACAUUCUGAUUGGCAGAUGUAACUUAUUGCAGGUACUUAAUUUUGCAGUCUUAAGUUUUGUGUUUUUUUGCGAUUGUAAAAAAAUCAUGAGAUUAAAGAUUCACAAAUAAAAAGCCUCGCAAAAUUUAAACACGCAAAAUUUAAUACUCGUAAAUUCAAAUCACAGAAAAACUGAUUAACACCAAAAGAUGUAAGUGUAAUGAAGCUAAAAUCCCGACAAAUGUGUUUUACCUGAGGAGGAAAGCUUUAUCACGUGGAAAGCGGAGAAACGAUACCAACAUUUAAAUUGAUCAGUCCACCGUUGUGAAAGAAUUUGCUGGAGAGUUUGAAUGUUUUGUUUUUUCCUAGCCUUGAAAGAUAUCAACAGUGUUCGAUCCUCAACCUAUGACCCUGGUGAGCUCAAAUUUUGCAAAGCAGAUAAACAUAAAAGAAAGCAACAUUUGUUUUCAUUGAAAUAAGCCAAAAAACUUAUAGAUCGAGACAACAUAUGCAAUAACUUGUACUACGAUUAGAUUGUGUGACUUUUGUGAGAGUCUGUUGUCUGAAAAGGAGAACAAUGGAUCACAGUCCUCUUUUCCUGAAUUACAAGACAAACAUUCAAGCUACCAUCAAAGUAAAUUUCACAUCCUGUGCUUUGAUUCCGGUAGGAUAUUCAAGGAAAAAUGCUGUACUGCUUGGUAACCUCUUGGUUGAAUCAUGACAGCUGAAUCAUGACCGCGGAAUCAUGUCUAAAAAUCCGGGUGUAUAGUACACAGCUCUGAAAUCAACUGUAAUGCUAGUCUUAAUUUACGUGACUGCACAAUGCAGCUACUUCUUUUGUUCAUAUGACAUAAUGUGACUGCUCGAUGCGGUCAUUCAGUUGGCCCACAAAUGACCUGCUCAUCAGUAGAGUUCUCAGAUCAGGACCUCAGUGGUUAGAGCAUCUGACUAGUGUCUGGAAGGUUGUGGGUUCAAUUCCCAUCUGGAACUCAGAAUUUUUUCUGAGUUUUUCUCUCCACACACAUCAUUCUAUCUAUUUAAUAUUAUUUGUCUACAUAUAUAAAUACUUUUCAAACCAAACUUAAUAUAAAAAAUUUGGAACCUUUUUUCUCUGUUGUUUUGUUUGUUUGUUAACUUUGUGUGUUAUUGUUGUUUUUGUACAGAAGUCAUCUACUGAUUUUCCAAGGACACAAGAACUAUCUACAAUUGCCCCAAGUCCAGUUCAGCUUCCAUUGGAGACGUCUACUACAUCAAACUCAAGGUCUCCUGUACUGAAACAUACAGUAGCACUUGAUCCCGAACCACAAGAUACCAGCAGUUCUUCUGUUGUUGAGUGGGCAAGCCCUGUAAAUGUUUUACCUGAUCCUAUCCAGAUGCCAAUCAUCCUUAGGUCAAGGGUGCCUCGUGAAAGUCCAAGUUCAAUUGUAUUGGAGAGUCCGCAAGCUCAUUUAUUACAAACAGGUGUGAUCAUUUUUCUUACAGAAAUGGGCACAAAAAAAUAAUGUUCUAACUGAUCAGCAUGCAAAGAAAGUCGAGUCCGAUAGCCGAGGGCCAGAAGAUAUUGCUAUCGGCCUAGUGAAUUACGUUCUUAAUUGCAUAACAGGCAAAUGAAGUUUUUUGGGUACGGUACCUGUAUGUAAUUCAAAUAAGAGAAGAACAGGAGAACUGUUAUCAAUCCUGCUCAUCCAAUUUUUUUUCCAGCUAGUUAAAAUGAUGUUCGGGCUAGUACAUGCUAACUACAGCUUACCCGACUGGAAAGCUGUAAAACUGACUUUCUUUGCAGCCUGCCCGAUACCUCAGAAUCAGGUGUCGCAGAAAUGUUAUGAACCUUUCUUAAAUUUUUUGUGCAAAAAUUAUGGUAUUUAAUUAAUUAAUUUAGUUAAUUCACUUCCAGCCUGAAAAACAUUGAAUGAACCGGUUUCUCACUACCCGAAAACGGGUAGUGAUUUUGAUUGGUUGAUUGUUAUAAUUAUUUUUAUGCAAAACCCUGGCAUUCUUUUUAGGCUUAAUCUUUAUUUAAACAGCAAAAUUGCCCUUGUCUUGAAACUGAAAUGUUAAAUUUUAAUUAUUCUACGGUAGGUGAGUUUUCAUUCUGUUGUGUUUCGGCAGCCGGUGAUUUUGUUUGACCUUCUUGCUAUUUCACCGUCAAAAAUUUUUAGCUUUUCUUUCUUUUCUCCUUGUUUUUUUUUUUUGAUUCACUGGUAAAGCAAAUCAUUUUGUUUUUGAACUAAGUGUUAUUGUAAUAUCAUUUUACAAUUUGCAGUUGAUUGUUUGAACUUUAAACAUGAACUACAAUUGUUCUGACGGAGCAAAUGAUUGUUUGCCACUUGAAAACUUUUUAUUCAAUACUUUUUUAUUAACUGAGCAGUAAUCGGAUGAAAUUCAGGCUAUGUUGUGUGCAGUUUGUAAAAAUUUUACUACCGUUUUGAUUCACUGGUAAAGUAAUAUUAUUGUAAUAUCAUUAUUUACUGGUCGUGUUGCUGACAAGCAAAGAUUGUGACUUAUUCAAUAUUAUUUUUUAUUAACUGAGCAAGCAAAAUUUCAUUUCGUUAUUAUAAUGAAACGUGGCCAGCUGCUACAAAUAAUGUUGCUGUGUUAUCUUUGACAGAUGAAGCAGCAAGUGUUAUUAAAAUACCAAGUCCAUCGCAAAAGGUACAAGAUAGUUUUAUUAUCUUUUAAAUUUUGCCAGUUUAUUUAUACUCUGUUUUAUAUAAUAUACUACAAAAGAGGUUAAAGAAAAUUUCAUGAACAACUCCACAGUUCAGUAGUUAAUAAAUUAAUUUUAAUUUUUUUUUGCUACAUGCUGAUGAUCAUCUUCAACCUUUAACUGAUUCCUCAUCUCUGUUUGAGAAGACACCACUGUCUGUUCCUGGAAAAUUAAAGGCAAAAAGAGGCAGAAAAAGGACAAAAGAUGACGCUGAAUCAAGAACAACUGAGGAAGAGGAUUCUUUAGAAAAUGAGUACAGAGGUAAUAAUAGCAAAAUAAUAUUAAUGAAAUUUAUGACUACUGAUAUUACUGUUUAACUCAAAAAAAGCUUUUUCAAAACUACUUCAAGACUGCAGUCAAUAAUUUACAACCAAAAGUUAAGAACAGAAAAUUAUGGUAACAAAAUAAAUCAAAGUGAUUUAGGUACAGUUUGGUACAUCACUUUGUACAUCAUUCAUUCACUUUUAAGUGGCCAUGAUGGACAGGUUAUUUUAGUGGCUGUUGCCACUCUGGAGAGGUAGCCGUAUGCGUCUAAUAGGUUAUAACAUGAUUCAAUGAAUAAUGUACUCAAAAGUAGGUUGAGUUUGAUCGUCUGGGUGAAUGUAGUCCUGAAUAGGACUGUUUUGUUGACAGUGACUGACGUUUUAGACUCUGAAGAUGACUACCGCACAGGUUGUCAAAAUGUCAGUCACUGUCAACAAAAACAGUCCUAUUCAGGAAUAUGUUCACCCGGAUGAUCAAACUCUACCUACUUUUGAAAUAACUCCUGGGUUCAAACCUUUCACAGAAUAAUGUACUGUUCACCAGGCCAAAAUUGUGGCCAUGGUGGAGAGGUACAUGGCCAUUAGCAAAGGUUCAACUGUGGCACAAAUUUCCCAUUUUCAUUUUUACCAUCAGAAAUACAACGUUUCAAAGAACUCAAGGUCAAGAUGAUAAUGGAAAUUUCCUACUUUUCCCACUCUAAUUUAAGUAUUUCUUUCUCCAGAAAAUAAUUUUGUGAGAUUGUUUAAUGCGGAUCAAGGACGGAAGAAUAGCAUCUCAGAGAUCACAGAUCUUGAUGUUAUUCUUACUGCAAUAGAGGAAGAGGCCCUUGACGUCAGGUGAUUAGUAAAUCAAUCUACUCUAGUAACAAUAACAGGCGAGCUUGGACAAGCAAAACGAGCUUGUAACUUCCUGCAGACAGGCGUGCAAAUUGCUUGUUAGCAGCUUUACAUCUUCCGUUGUCACACAAUACUUUCUGAUUCAAAUUCUGCACGCUCAUGUGUAGUAUAAGCGUAAUGUUGUAACAAACUUUUCAUUGGCCAUUUUAUUUGAAGAGUGAUGCUUUGCCACAAACUGUCAGAAAAUAAGAUACCCUGGAACCCAGGGUAGGAAAAUUUCUGUUCCUCAAUCCAUUUAAUUUUUUUUUUUUUGCAUUUGUUUAUUAUCAUAGUGCUUGAGUGUGAUCCUCCUUUAGUAAGAUAUCUCGGCUCAGAUGUUCAAAAAUAAAACUACUACUAACUGCUGUUUUUUCAUCAACAGGUUAAACUUUUUCACUGGGAGAGCGGCUUAAGGCAAUAAGUGUCUUUAGGCUUACUACGUUAUCAAAUAGGCCAUUUUACAGUUAUGGAUGGAAGCGAGGCUGAGGGUGACCUUGUUUUGAUACAAACCUUCUUUGCUUUGUUAUGGAAAUUGUUCUUGAAAAAUACUGGUUAGCAUAAGAAUAACUUGAUUUACAUAAUAAAGCAGGAAGGUUUGUAUCAAAACAAGGUCACCCUGAGCCUCGCUUCCAUACACAACUGUAAAAUGACCUAUUUUUAAAUCAAACUUUUCCCAUGGAAGGAUUAUUUUGCAUCUGCCAUGCAGGCCAACUACGUUAUCAAAUACUGUAUUUAGAUAAUCAUUCAGUGAAAAUAUAGGGCCAAUAACUCCACGCAAUAAUUUUGUGUUCAUUCCAAAUCAACUUCCAAGUCUGUUCGCCAGAUGACCUUCCCCUCCGCACAAGAAUCAGCCCCAUGAAGCGAGGGUGGGACACACAAAGUUUUCUUGGAGCUCCAUCCACUAUUUUUCCUUUUUUGACAUAGAUGAGACUCAUUUCUUGAUUGCGCGUUGCACUCACAGGCAGCCUAAUAAUUAACACACUGACUGCAUUUUGUCGUCAAUUAAUGUUUCCAGGGAGUUGGUUUAUCCUAUAUAAAGGAUGACUGACCUGUUAUGAACUCAUUUUGUUUCUUUUCCUCUGUUUAAACUUUACAGGAAUGAAAUGAGGUCUUCAGCUGGUAAACAGGCUAUAAAGGAGUUCUUCAUUCAAAUGAGAAAAUCCUUCAGUGAAACUGUAUGUUGUGACUAAACACAUGGGGCCUCCUCCAUGCAUGCUCUUUCCUACUGAUGAUGAUGAUGAUGAUGAUGUUGAUGAUAAUGUUGAUGAUACUGAUAAUGAUAAUACUAUAAUUCUAAUCAUAAUAAUAGCUUGAUAAUGGUUUAAUAUUGAUAAUGAUUAUUAAUGAUAGUGAUAACAUAAUGAUGAUGAUGAUGAUGAUGAUAAUGUACGAGGUAGAAAAGGUGUGGGUUUGUUGCAAAUCACAAUGCUUGUGCCCUUCAGAUAUGUCAAUGAUCCCAGCUGAUUAAAAACUACUAAAAGUAUUUUUAUGUUGGAUUUAUGAGUCAGCUUCAAUACAUGCACAAAAAGUUAGGACCUAGGGAAUGCGUUAUACAUGUACCUAGAAGAUUAUUCUUUGGCUCCUUUUUUCUCCUUUGUCCUCGCAACUGUAUAUUUAUGUAUUUAUUGUCAUACUAUCAUAGGUUCUUAUUUAUUUAUUUGUUUAUUUAUUGAGCCUGCCUCUCCUUAUGAUUUUAAUGUAAAUUGGCCUUUGGCAUAAAAAUCAAUAAUAUUUGGAUGAAUUUCUAAUGUGGUGUACAUCCGGUCUUGUUUGAUAUCCAUUUGUAUAUGUGAUAUAUUUUUCACUCUCCCAUAAAUUAUUUUGCAGAUUGAUAUUUACAAAGAAAAUCACAUGCUGAAAGCUGACCUCAGAAAGGUACAGUAUGACAGAGAUAUGGUAAUGAAUCUUGACUGCAAGGUAAAGAAAUUAAAGGCUAAAAUGACCAAAAUCCCUAGCACAAAAAACUGUAACAAUAAUUAUUGUUAAUAAUAAUUAUGGACUCAAAGAUGAGAUCUUAUUGAGUUUAGUAAAAUAUGACAUCCAGGUUGCAAAGAAAAUCAGUUAUACGGCUUGUUCUUUGGGCAAACUGUAGCUAGCAUGUUCCAGCCCAAGAGUCACUUUAACUAGCCCACCCAAAAUUUUUGAUUAGCAGGAUUGAUUAUAGUACCUCUGUAAUUUCAAUUCCCCCAAAAAACUUCACUUUAAAACCCAUUGGGCAAGUUAAGAACAGAAUUCACUCGCCUGAUAGCAAGAUCCACCAGCCCCUGGCAACAGACAUGACUUCUUUGCUUCUGAUGAAGUAAAGGAGUACACACGAGCCAAGGGCCCAAACAGCCAGAGCUUAUCCUGGCUUCUUUAGCUUGAAGCAUGCGUAGGAAUAUUGCUACUCCCUCCUGGAUGGGAUAUGUCGCUGCUAUCCAUUUAUAUUCCUGGGUGAGGGGAGAAAAAGUGGAGUAAAGUUUCUUGUCUAAGGAAACAACACGAUGGGCGGGGCUUGAACCCCAGACCUCCAGAUCCGGAGUUUGAGGUGUUAACUGCUCAGCCACACAUUCCUCCACAUAUUUUUGUUAAGGCAUUUCACUUAAUUUGAUAAAUAGAAUGAAAAUGAUUGAUUUCAAAGAUGAGAUCUUGAUUGCAUUUGGAAUAAUAUGGCAUCUUGUAUUUUUGUGAACAUUUCAAUGAUAAAUUAUUGUCAAUUCAAUAAAAAGUGCCAUCAUAUACUAAGUUAUUACUCUUAUGUCUGGUCAAGGGCUCUGUCUCUGUUAUUUUUUUUGUAUGAAUGUACCCCACUACAAUUCUCUCACAUUGAUGGGUCGUUGGCAUCUAGCUGCAAGCAUGAUAAAAACAAGACCUGUCACCAAAGGGUGGAUGAGCUCCUUAUGAGCCAAUGGGCAGCAUGCAACCUUGAGUUUGGAAAACCUCAAUGCCAAACCAGUUCCCGAUAUUCUGGUGGUAAGGGCCAGUCAAGCAAUUAACCAUUAAUUUCAGGACAUUCCCAUGAUUAUGAAAAGCCUAAAAAGUGGUUGCCUGCCCUUCAGUUAAAAGUAAUUUAUGAUAAACUUGAUUCUCAAAAUGCCAGCUGUUUCAGCUGUCAGACAAUAAUUUAUUAUUAUGUACCAGUAAUACCAAUACCUACCAAUAGAAAUAAUACAAUUUAACUGGAAAUUACAAACCAUUACAUUUUGUUGGUAUGGCUGAGAUUUGUUGAUUGAAAAUGUUGUUACCUUUCAGGCAAAAUCAAAGGUGAACAAGCUUCGUAAAGAACUCCUAAGUGUUCAACAAAAACGGACAAGGUAGUUUUUGUGCAUAAAAUAGUAACAUUAUUUUUAUUUGCCUGAAAAUGAAUAAAUUUAUAUUCAGCAUGGGUAGUGGGUACAGUGUAUUAAAAAGAUGUUCAGGGACAUCCUUUACUCAAAUCCUCAUACCAUAUGAGUGCCAUUUGAACCUCUCUCUCCCAAGAAUAGGAGUAAACUUCUUAUUGUUGGGAGGUGAAUGUUACUCACCAUGUUUUCAAAAAUAAAAGAGAAACACAAUGAUAGUACCAUCUGAAUGGGAGAGACAGUUAAUUAGUCUGGGGAGGUUAAGUUGUUUGAUAGUCUGCACCACGUGAUUCUAGAAAUGCAUACCAAUAAAAAUACAAGUGAAGCCUCCAUUAAGUGGACCCCCAAUUAACCGGACACCCUCUAUUAAGCGGACACUAAGCUGGGUCCCAAAACGAAUGUCUGAUAUUUCCCUUUAUAACGAACCCCCAUUCAGCGGACAACUCUAUCAAGUGGACGCAGACAACAAAAUAAGUUGUAUUUGGCUAAUAUCUAUUGUUAAAAACCUCUGUUAAGUGGACACCAUACUGAAUUGACAAUAGUAGUGUUGGGUUACAUCCUUGAAAUAAGAACUGAAGUUAGUUAAUAAUUUGCAUUUACAAACAAAUUAAAGUUGGUAAUGAAAGGUAAUGAACUUGAACUGUGGAUAGCUUCUUUAAUAACAUGCAACUUUAUCACAGUACAGAGUAACCACUGAAUGUUGAUAGUUAACAAACAUUGUGCAAUUUUUACAGCAUCUAUAUUAAGCGGACAGCCUCAAUUAAGCAGACACUUAGGAAGGUCCCGAAGGUGUCCAGUUAAUAGAGGUUUCACUGUAGUACCAUUGGAUGAGGAAGUACUGUUGUAGAGGUGUUAUUUGAAUGUUCCCACUUUGGUGACUCUGGGAAAGAGGGUUGAAGUUAAGGAGAGAAUUUUGUUUCUGUAAAUUAUAAAAUAUUAAUGUUUUUUUUUUCUGUUAUACUAGGAUUUCAGCAAAGCUUGAAAGUGAGAAAAAGAAACUACAAGAAAGCAGUGAGAGACAAAAGGUUAAAAAUAAAAAAAUGUUUAUUGCCCAGCUUAAUAGUUUGUGGUUUUGCAGUUUUCUAGGUUGAUCUGACUUCCAGUGUGACUGGUCAAAACACAGUUAACAUUCUUGAAAAAAUUUGCCAUGUGUGUUUGUUCUUUUUUUUAACUCUGACAGUAAUAUGAUUUUUUAAAACAAUUUACCAGGUGCUGGAAGACUUUAGCUCAUUCUUAGUCAAACUGGAAGCUUUGCAUAAAGAGUGCCAAACAGACCCAACUGCAAAGAAAGGAUCCAAGGUGGUAAGAAUAGCUUUUCAAUUAAUUUUAUCCCUGUAGAAUCAUGAACAAUUUGACUCAAAAUUCUUGAAAUUUAGAAGGCUAAAUGGAAAGCGCCCCAGAAAAAGUACUUUUAUUGACAAGUUACUUAUGUUAUUUAAAUAAAGAUCUCAGCUUACUAAAUAGAUGUCAUUUUGUGACAUUUUUGCCUCUUAUUAAUUUAAAUAAUACAAUUGAGUGAAAACUUAAAAGUGGAUAUUAAUUUAGGGAUCCUCAAUCUCUCUCAGAAAAGGGGCUACAAAGUUUAUCAUAUGAUAGCAAGGUUUUUGUCACUUUAACUUUUGAAAUCUGUGUGCAAAAUCCUACAGUGUUACCAUCCAAAUGAAACCUUUUUUGCAAUCAGGAUUUUACAAAAAGAAAUUCUUGAAUUUUUUGAUGAAUUUAUUUUUAUUUGGCCUACUGUAGCUCUGUUAGGAGUGAAAGAUUAUUGAGAAUUAGAUCUCAGCCCCCUUUGAUCAUGAGUUAAGAUGGGUCUUAAAACAGAGGUCAUAGUAAUGUACAUUUUAAUUAUAACUUUGAUACUGGUUUUUCAGGACUAUGGGUCAUUCAGUAACCUUCCUAGCUUGAUCAUUGAAGGACAUGGCUUACUGACAGCUGCCAAUCAAGUGAAUUCCAUCAAUUUCACAGGGCAACAAAGGAUAUUGUAAUCCAACUGGAUUAUUGAGAAGUGUAAAAUGUCAUGUAAAUAAAGAGGUGCCUUAUUUUUGUUUAAAAUACCUUUUUUAGCAAUAAAUAAAUUGAAUAAAUAAGUUUCUGUUUUACAUUCUCGCCAGUAAUUUUAGUAUUAAUGCUAGUGGGGCCAAGCAAAUGCUUGAAACAUAUUCAACAUACUGGGGUUAAGAAUCCCAACUUGCUGGAGGCAAACCAGUUGGUUAUAGAGCGUUUUCACUCAGGUGUCCAGCAUCUAUGCAAAUUUAUUGGAACAAAAGAGAGAGUUUACAUAAGAAAAGAGUUCAGUUCCUUUCAGGAUUGAUUUGGAACACCAAAAUGGCUGCCAUUUCAUUGUGUUGGAACACCAAUAUGGCCGCCAUGACGUCAUGUGAAAACACUCUAUUUACAAGCGUGGUCAAGGAUUGAACUCAUGAGGACUGAAAACAAAUCCAACUAGCGUUCGGUGGGUGGGGACUUGACCUUGCAGCCUCCAAAUUGCAAAUCCAGUGCUCUAAGCGCUCAGCUGCCUCCUGCGACAAUGUAGCGUUCAUUGAUGAACGUGAGUGGCAAUUAUUAAGAGACAAAGUUCUUCAUGUUUUUAUACAAUAGUCCACUGGUAAAUAAGACAGUGACAAGCAGCUGUGCAAUUGAUGGAUAUCUUUUUUAAUGCAGAUAUCUCACAUGCUUGGUUAACAUUGAGUACAGACAAUUGACAAACCUACACUAAUGACCACCUCUCUACAAUGGCCACGUCCGUACAACGACCACUUUUUUAGCAGACAGUCCAUACAUUGACUCUUGUUUUAAACCUCUCUACAAUGACCACCAUCUUCUGCCCCAAAUGUGGCCGUUGUGCAGAGGUUCAACUGUUAUUUAGGAGUUGUCAUGUGGCAGCAUCUCCUGUUUAUAACCAGCUUUGUUGGUCAAAAAUCUGUAAUUUUCAUUUACUUCUGUCCAGUCAUCCAGGAAGAUGCCCCGUCAUGUACUCAGCUAAAAAUAUUGUUGUGCUAUGUAGCUCCAGUGGGAUACAAAAGCUAUUUAGGUUUCUUGGAAACUGACCACCCACCCAUCCCCUAAGUCAACAUUAUCACGUACUUCUCACUUAGGGCAAAAUGUUGGUUUAGGGGAGGGGUAGGUGGGAAGUUUCCCGGAAACCUAAAUUGAUCUAGAACUAACAUAGGUCAUUUUAUGGCUCAGUCUAUGAUGCUAUAGAUUAUCCAGAUCUGAUCGUCCCCCACUCCUCUCCGCUGUACCUCAUCCAUGGCACAUGUUACCCAUAAUACACCUUUCCAGGAGCUGUUCUUGAAUGCUGUGGCCUGGGACAAAACAUGCCUCAAUGAACUUUAAAGAAAAGUAUUGUAAAUUAUAUGCACAAAACAGUUUCAGAAUGUUUAGUUUGCGGGAUUGGCGCGCGCGUUGUUCCUUUGCGCGCAAGAUUAAGACCAGGGUGAUCCCCUUUGGGAUCCUUUGGAAUUUUUGGCUCGUCACACAACAAUCUUAACCAAGAUUGCGUGACGAAUUAGUUACGGUUGCAGUGGUUUUGCCGUAUUGGCUGUAAACGACCACGGCGAGUACAUGCUAUGGUGUUAACUUUUGAGUGUAAGGUCAGGCGGUGCUAAACUGAUCUUUUGAAUUGUGCCUCUAACACCUUUCAGCUGAUUUCUUUGUUCGAAAACAGACGCCACGCGAAAACCAAGCUGGAGCACAGUGACGCUUUACUCCAUAUAUGGAAGCGCCCUUUGUUGGCUUCCGUCAGUUGAUUGGUUAAUCCGCACCCUGACGGACGCAACGCUUCACGCUAAUUUUGCCUUCGUUGUGUGCGAGUUGUGUGGCUGUCUCCCGCGAUUACAGUAAAGAAACAUGUCUGCUAGAGGUGGAAAGGCCGCCAAAAGGGCGAAAGCUAUAUCUCGCUCGGCUAAAGCCGGCCUCCAAUUCCCAGUCAGCCGAGUCCACCGAUAUUUAAGGCAAGCAACUCAUCAUUAUCGUAUCGCAUCGGGUGCUCCCGUAUAUCAAGCAGCCGUCAUGGAGUACUUGACGGCCGAGAUCUUAGAACUCGCAGGGAACGCCGCGAGGGAUAAUAAGAAAACAAGAAUCAUCCCUCGACAUAUUUUGCUCGCUGUGGCCAACGACGAGGAAUUACAUCAGGUAAGUUUUAACGAUUUCUUAUAUACACGAGUUUACUGGUUGAUGAUCGCCCAUGAAGCGAUCAUUAGAUGGUGGUCAAGAGACAAAGUGAACUUGGCAGAUGGUUCUUGUUUGUCAAAUUGAAAUUUACAUGCAAAUCUAUUUUGGAAUUCGUCCUGUCUGCUUCGUGUGAUAUGUCCUCCCAUGGCAUAUCUUACAAGGAUUAAAUUCUCGAACACAGUUGACAAUACAACUAGUGUAACCACGUUUAGCCCACGAGAGUUCGCUUGCUUGACCCCUAAGCACAAAGAUUGCCACAGAAUUUAUCCAAGCUUAUAUAUUUCAAUCAUAUUUGCCAUGAAAUAAAGACUUACUACCUACUGUUGAAUGAUCGGCGUGGAUAAAUACGAUUUACUGAAGUUUCUUUUUCGUAUCUUAUUAACGGAGCAGAUUUUGUUUCGUUUUGCUGAUCAAGAUUUCGAACAAAUAUCAACCAAUGGUCAAACGGCUGUUGUUCCCGAAAUUGAUUGUAAAAAUGCUAUGAUCAUUGAAAAUAAUCCACUCCUUUGAUUGAUAACUCCGAAAAAUCACCUGAAGAUUUCUUGUUUAUAUCCCAGCGCCCACGUUUUAUUUUUUUUCCGGCAUGUUAAUCAGUCUUGCCCCUGUCUCUUAUUCAAGUAAUAAAUUCACGUUUUGAUGUCAUUGUCUUCUUUGAUUCCGGGAGAGGCCGUGUUCAGUGUUGGGUAAGGGAUAGAUAGUUUAGAAGAGCGAGUGAAAUGAGUGCCAAGUUAUAUUUCUUGCAUUCUCUUUUAGUUGUCUUGAGAAAAAUGUGUUAAGCAAGAGAGUGUAGGAAAAACUGUUGUACGGGAACGAGACCUUGUAUUUUUUUUAAAAAAAAAAUUCUCGUUUUUCCAAUAGGAAAAAUAGAAAACAAAAUAUUCAGGAAAAUUACCAGUUGUUUAUAAUACAUUGUGACUGCUAUACUGCUGAAUACAGUUGAACUCGCUGAUCUAGGAAAACGUUUUUCCUAGUUUGUUUUUGCCUUUUUCUUUAUUUAAUGCUGGGAACUAACUUAACAGAAAUGGGGUUCACCACUUUAAAAUAUUCAGUAUCCAAGUGGCUCCACCCAAAAAAAAAUCAUGCCGCAGUUAACUAUCUUAAUUUUGUAUUGAUGGUCAAACGUAGCUUGAAACAGGGCUUCUGAAAGGUGGCAGGGAAAAAAAGUCAAAUUGCGCAGGAUUUUUAGGGACAAAUUUGCGGAAAAAUUGGCCGACUUUACAAAUUUUGCCGAAAAGCAGCUGAUUUUGUGGUUAUUUUCUGGGCAAAUUUCACUAGAUUGGGGGUGUUUAAUGAAAGGCUUAACAGUAUUUUCAUGAUCAUUCCUUUCCCCUCAGUUGCUGAAAGGAGUAACAAUUGCGUCCGGAGGUGUUCUGCCUAAUAUUCAUCCAGAACUUCUGAAGAAAAGAAAAGGUGGCAAACUAGUAGCACCAGAGGAAUUAAAACCAAAGAAGCCUAGAGUGAGUACAGCACCCAAACAGAAAGCAGGGACAUCUGGCAAGAAAAUGCCAGCCAGCCCAGCCAAAAAGACACCAGAAAAAUCCCAAGCCUCUGGCAAAGGCAAGAAAAAGGGGGUAAGUACAGUUGUUAAGACGGAAUCCACCAAGAAAUUGAGUAAUUUUAAUUUUCAGUGGACAAAGACCUCAUACCAGAAUAAUUUAAAGCAUAAUUAUUUUAUUGCAUUCUUUUUUACAUUUUUCAAGGGCUAUAAAGAUGUAAUAAUAGUCAUCUGUAAUUUAACUCCAAAGAAAUUUUCUUAUGGGAGCCUGAGAAAAUGAAUGUCAAAUUUCACAAAAUUACACCUAGUUACUCAUGCGAUUUUCAGAAUUUUAACAGUGUUUUCACAAUUCUUGUGAAAUUUGACAUUCAUUUUCUUGGACUCCCAUGAGAAAUGUUCUUUGUUGUUAUUAUAGAUGACUAAUUACAUCUUUAGGCCUUGAAGAAUGUAGAAAGGAAUAAUAAUAAUAAUAAUAAUCUUUAUUGAGGAUAUCAAUUUCACUGAUAAGUGAUUUACAAACGAGUCCUCAAUAUCCUUUAAAUUAUUCUUGUACAAGGUUUUUGUCCACUGAGAAUUAAAAUUACUCAAUUUCCUGGUAGAUUCCGCCUUAAGUUAUUUGGCUCAAAAGAUGCAAGACAUCAUUGGUACACACCCAAAAAUUCAGUUCUUUGUUCAAUGAAGCUGUUAUAAAAGUAGCACAUCCACUUGGCUGUUCUUUUUCUACCCAAUUCCUGGUCUAACAGGAAUUUGUAAGUGUUGGUUUUUAAGGAGAGGGGAAAACCGUAGUAGCCAGAGAAGAACCUCUUGGAGCAAAGGAGAGAACCAACAACAAACUUUUAAAACCCACAUAUGGUGUCAACACCAGGAUUUGAAUGAUGAUGGGAGGCAAAUGCAUUCAUCACUGGACCACCUUUGCUCCCAACUAAUGAUUCAAUUCUUUCAAUUAAUGUUUCCCUUUUUUGUCCAGCCUGCAGCAAAGAAAGGAGCCGAUAAAUCUGGACCAGGAGCUGGUAUUUCUGUGCUCUCCGAGAAAGCUCUCUUUUUGGGACAAAAGGUAAGGACAUCAUUGUUAUCACUGUUAAAAACAAACUGACCAUGCAAGUUGCAGGGCAUCAUAGAAUACAGUCAUGAGAUUUUAGUGAGCUUCUGAUCAUUAUGUGGCUCCUAGGUGGACCCUGUUUGUGCACGAGACUUCAGGGCCCAGUUGUUACGAAGCCAGUUAGUGCUAACCCAGGGUUAGAUUUUAACGUGGGCUUCUUUUUCUUUUCAUCAAAAGUACUCUCUUGUAUAAUUUUCUAUAUUGUUUUUUGAGUAUCCAGUCAUCAAAUUGCAGGCAAAGAGAAUUAAAUUGAAUUUGUUUUUUAAGCUCUCAUAUAUGAGUUCAAAUUUUGCACUAACCUGGGGUUAUCUUGACCUAGCUUCAAAAAACCUGGCCCAGAAUAGUAGGACCAGGUUUGCUAUGUGUCCUGCGGUCCGUUUCUCGAAAGUCCCGGUAACUUUUUGGGCCCGAAAUCAAAUAUUCAAAUGGAAAUAGAAAGAAUGAGAGUGCUGGUCCUGGCUAGCAAACUACUCCACUAAAACUGAUAGUUUUAUCAUGCUAUCAUGCUAGAUGCAAAGCUAUUGAAACCUCAAUCUUUAAUGAAAAUGGAGACAGCUUACCGGGUCCGUUAAUUAUUGGGGCUUUCGAGAAACGGGCCCCUGGAUCUGUACACAAAUUGUGACAGCUCAGCUUCUGCUUAUUAAGCCUGCGUCACAGACAAAACUAAACAUCUUGUUAAGUCUGGCUGUGAAACAGUGCUGAAAUCCUUGUUCUGAGCCACCACCUGUGUACUAGGAUUUGAGUACACCCAUGAUUGGUGUAUUAAAAAAGCCAUUGUUGAUUUGCCAGUCAGGUUGAAUGGAAAUUCAAAACAUACAUCCUGUCAUUAACACUACUGGGGGCCCAGAUCCCUAAAGGAUCUCGGCAUUGCUUCACAAAGGUUACUUAUUGGGGUUAGAUCAUCUCUGAGACAAAGGUUAGCAUGCACUGAUCUGGAAAAAACGUGUCUGAAGAACAAGCCAGAGUUGCAACUUGAUGGCAUGAGGAAUGUUACCCUUUCAGAGGUGUUAUUAAGGGCCGUAACCUGUAACACAGGUCUCAGCUGUUCAAAGGCUGGAUAGCACUAUCCACCGGAUAAAUCUCUAUCCAGUGGAUAGUGCAAUUAGUUUCUCCAAUACUUGUCAGCUGGAUAGUGAUUUAUCCGGUGGAUAGCGUUAUCCAACAUUUGAACAACUGGGGUCAGGUCUGUUACGGUUGAGCUUGAACUUGAUGUAGCCAUUGAUCAAAGUGUCAGCUGCUUCAAAACUUGAUGACAGCAAUUAACCUUUUUUUAUGACCAUACAUUAUGGGUGUCGAGAGGCGGACCCAGAAAAUUCGGAAAGGGGUGGCUGGGACACUUAACAACUCUAUUCUAGAUAGUUUUAAUUUUUCUGAGAUGGAAUUCUAUAAAAAUAAUACAGAAGUUCGAAGGAAAAGGGGUGGCUGCAGCCCCCUCGGCCCACCCCUAAAUCCGUCCAUGGUGUUUGUAAAAGUUUAAUCCCAAAAAUUACCCACAAUCUUGACUUAAUUUUCAAUUAUUGCAUUAUUCAGUUGUCAGUUAUUCAAGGAGACAUUGCUGCAAUAGAAGCAGAUGCUAUUGUGCACCCAACCAAUGCAACAUUUUAUCUUGGUGGUGAAGUAGGUAUGUAUUUCAAAUCAAGACCGUGUAUUCUUUAUUCUCAAGUGUAGCAUUACAGGUUUCCAUAACAUUCUUGUGUACUAUUCAUUUUAAUUUCUUCUUCAUUAUUUGAAUGAGAAGAAUGAAUAUUUUCUGUCAUUUUUGUGAAAUUUUGAAAAUAAACAGUAAAACAUGGGAUGCUAUUCGAUAAUCUCAACUGCCUGGAAAUAAAAAACCCAUCUGUCAGCCAUGACAGAUGGAAAUUCCUGCCUCCUAAGUGAUAAUUCUGACAACAAAUUUUUAAAAAAGUUCCAUGAAAAGUUUGUUUUAGGUUGAGCAGUAUUAUUUUGAGACUUUUAUUACUGGCCUAUUAAUAGAAGGUGGCAGCUUAAUAAAGGUUUAAAAAAAGGUGAAGAGUCCUCAUGUUUCGUUGGUAGCUGGAAAUACAGUCGACUCUCUCUUUAUGGACACCUCUCUGGAAGACAGACUCCUCGGGCUGGACAUGUCUCUAAUAAGAUGAACAGUGGGUGCCACUGUAGAGAGCGUUGACUUAAGUCAUCUGUCAAACAAACCUGAGGUUGACGGUGCGCUCAUUUGAGCCCCCACCUCUCGUUACAUCAGUACUUCAUUUUAUGGGUUUUUUAAAGCUACACGGAAAGAAAAAAAAGUCAAAGGAAGGAUUUGUGGUCUCACCAAGGAAAUCAAAGUCAGGACCUCCCACACAGAAGGCACUAACCAGCUGUGCUAAUCCUUCCUCCAAGGUUCAACUGUGGUCAAAUUUACAAGUCUUGUUUUCUCUUUUCCAGGAUCAGUGCUUGAGAAAGCAGGUGGUAAAGAGUUCAAGGAUGAGGUGAAGAAACUGUCAGAAUCCCAUGGCCCAUUAGAACUAGCAUCAGGUAAGAAUCUUUAUACGUGAGGUAGCAGAAUAGCAUCAACAAAACUUGGAUCAUCUCAACCCCUGUAACUCUUUCCCUGAUAUGGUUGUGGGCGACAAGAGGAGCGGCAAUCCUAAUCUCCAGGUUUCUAUUAUGCGUCCUCCGCACUAGUGUAGUGACUUUAAUACAGGGGUUGAUCACGAUUCUUCUCCAGGUUUUGUUGAUGCCUGUUGCAGAACACAGAUCUUGCGUAUUUUGUUUGUUUUUUGGGCAAGCAAAGGCAGGUACAAAGCGAGCGAGGGGACCCCAUGGCACUGUCUUUGCUCGCCUUAAAAACAUGAAAAAAAGAGCUCCUGUUCUGCCAUCUAUUAGAUCUGGAUUGCAUAGUGUUCUAACUGUUCACUCUCUUCGUAUUGUUCACAGCGGCCAUCUGCGAUGGUCGAAAUCUGAAAGCUCAGUAUGUCAUCCAUGUUCAUAGCCCAACCUGGGGAGAUGAAACUGAAUCUACUGAAAAUCUGGACAAGGCUGUGAAGAACAUAUUAACAUUAGCUGAUGAGAAAAAUAUCAAAUCAAUUGCCAUGCCAUCAAUUGGAAGUGGCGCGUAAGUAUGCUUAUACUUGCUCUUUCCUUUUGAAUGCCAUGUUCAAUAAAAACAACUUUUUGCAGUUCUCACUUCACAACUGGUCUGACAUUGUUUUGUUUCUCGUUGACCCUCUGUGUUCCCUUCAGUGGGAAAAUUGGGUUUAUUGAUAGCUUUGGUACCCUCUCAAAGAGACUAAUAUAAAAAUUAAAGAUACAUUGGAAAAUUAGUUGGAAAUGACUGAAAAAUGUUGAACUGGUUUCAUAUGAAUGGUCUAUCCACAGACUCAAAAGGUUGAGCCACAUACUAAGUAAAUAGUACCAUGUGAAAGUACUGCUGUAGAGGUUUCAUUUGAAUGGUCACACCAUAGGAUUUCAUGCACAGACUUAAAAGUUAGAACUACAUACUAAAUAAAUAGUACCAUGUGAAAGUACUGCGGAAGAGGUUUCAUUUGAAUGGUCACACCAUAGGAUUUCAUGCACAGACUUAAAAGUGAGAAUUACAUACUAAAUAAAUAGUACCAUGUGAAAGAACUGCUGAAGAGGUUUCAUUUGAAUGGUCACACCAUAGGAUUUCAUGCACAGACUUAAAAGUUAGAAUUACGUACUAAAUAAAUAGUACCAUGUGAAAGAACUGCUGAAGAGGUGUCAUUUGAUUGGUCACUCGAAUUCGGUCUGAACUGUCUCCACUGUUGAAUUUUAUUCUAAUUUUCAUUUUUUAUUCGUUUCCUCCUGAAAGCAGCAACAACUUCCCCAAGCAGAUAGCAGCCCAGACCAUCCUCAAGGCAAUCUCCAACUACUUUGUUUCUGUUAUGGCAUCGUCCCUAAAGCAGAUCUACUUUGUUUUGUACGAUAUGGAAUCCAUCGGCACUUAUACUAUGGAACUUGCACGUCUUGACUCAUAG